AUGGACCGUGUGAAGCAGAAACGCGGUGUUCUACGCGCGGCGAUCACGAAGCUCAUCAACGAAAUUGACCUACAGCUGCAGACAACGGCCCCAGCCGCCGACGUGCUGUCCACAAAGCUGGACAUCUUGAAGUCCAAGGAAGAAAUGUUGCAGACUCUAGACCAGAGCAUAGAGGAGUCCGUGCCGGAGGAGGCCUUCGAACAGGAAGUCCAAGGCGUUCUCUCUUAUGAGGAGAAGAUCUGCACUGCGAAGUCCCAGAUCACUCAGAAACUGAGAACGUACGACAGACAGCUACCGCGGACAGUCUCGUCUCCCUCCAGAGUUCCACACGUACAGCCGACGCAGAACGCUGCCGCCUGUAGGGUGAGACUGCCGAAGAUCGAAAUUUCGAAGUUCAGCGGAGACUUAGCCGAGUGGACGACGUUCUGGGAUCAGUUUCAGUCCAGCAUCCACACAAACGAAUCUCUGCACAAAGUCGACAAAUUCAGGUACCUGCAGAGCUAUCUUACGGGCAAGGCUGCAGCAGCUAUCAGUGGACUCUCACUUACGAAUGAAAACUACGACACUGCAAUAGAUCUCUUGAAGCAACGCUUCAAUCAACGACACCUGAUCGUCGAGGAGCAUCUAAACCGCUUACUGCAUCUUCCACCUGUGGUUGACGCAGGGAAGUUCGUACGGCUACGUGAGCUAUACGACGAGGUCCAAGUGAGGGUACGAAGUCUACAAGCUCUGGAUGUCGGCACAAAAGAGUAUGGUAUCAUGCUGAUGAGCGUCUUACGCAAGGCUGUGCCAAGAGAGGUCACCCUGGAGUACAAUCGCAAACACAAAGGAGCUCCUAGCGAAGGUAGGACCGAAGUAGAGGACUUUAUGGACUUCCUGAAAGUCGAAGUGGAAAGCAGAGAGAAGGACACGUUGCUCCCAGACAUGCAGAGGAAUCACGCUACGAAUCUUAACGAACCGCACUCCAGAACUGCACCAAGAGAUGGUAGGCGGCUGUUCGAACGACAAACGACAGGUGCACUCACUACAGGAGUGACGCCACAGCAGCUAGAAUGUCUGCUGUGCAAGGCAGCAGACCACGGCAUAGAAAACUGCCGCAGCAAUCUUUCGGUGGGUGACAAGAAAGCCCUACUUAGUCGGGAGGGCCGUUGCUUCAAAUGCGGCAAAAAAUAUCACAGGUCACGUGAUUGUCGAACUGCUCCACGCUUAAGAUGCGCAACCUGUGGCGGACAUCAUUUCACGAUACUGUGUGAUCGUCCAGGAAAUUAUAGAGCAGCGGAAGACCCCAACCCUGCACGCCUCGGGGUCAUGGCUUCGUCUGCGCUGUCGACAUCCGACGCAGCUGCGGCCACUGGACCUGUUCUUCUCCAAACUGCUCGCAUUUGGGCGGAAACAGAUAGGAAGAGACAAUUUGUACGAGCCAUGCUGGAUGGAGGCAGUCAACGGACGUUCAUAAAGGAGUCACUGUCUCACGAACUUCAAUGCGAACCCGUCGGGGAAGAAGCUCUGUCCAUAUUCUCUUUCGGUAGUACUCCGCUCAAAAAGACGUGUCGUCGUGUGAAGGUCUGGCUUCGCAGCCAAUACAGGCGCCAGGACACAUGCGUCGAAGCGUUGGAAACGCCCGAGAUCUCCGCUAACCUUAUGCCUUCUCCUGACGCCAACGUUACGAGAGUACUGAACGAGAAAGGUAUGGAAGUAGCCGACGCCGCGGUAUUUGGCACAACCUGUAAGCCCGAAGUCCAGAUACUGAUUGGUUCGGACUAUUACUGGGCGGUCGUGACGGGCGAAUCCCAACGUAUUUCGGAGAAGCUCUUUGCCGUCAACACUAUAUUCGGUUGGACAGUUCAAGGGCCUACUACGUCAUCGUCUUCCUGCUUCAACACCGGUGUAGGGGUGUUACGGGUUACGGUGGAAAGCACCGAAAACGAAGCAUCUGUAGAACUUCAGCGAUUUUGGGAUCUUGAACACAUCGGAAUCAAGCCAAACGAGGUCGAACACGAUAGCCUUUGGAAGAACGAAGUACUGGCCCAGUUUCGUAGCAGUAUUGAGAAGAAAGACAGGAGGUACGAAGUGUCACUACCGUGGACGGACAAGAAAGAGGAACUUCUUCCAAAUCUUCAAGCAGCACGAACAAGGCUGCAAUCAUUAACGAGACGUCUCAUGAAGGAUCGUGUACUCAUGGAAGAGUACGAUGCAGCCAUUCGUCUCUAUGAACAAAACGGUCAUGCCGAAAAGGUGCCGACUGGGGAGUCGGAUAACGUAGUCUACUAUAUGCCACAUAGAGCGAUCAUCAAAAGAGAAAGAGAAACCACCAAAAUAAGAAUUGUGUUCGACGCCUCGUCCAGCUCUUCAAACGACCCAUCACUGAACGACGUCCUUCACGCUGGUCCGAACCUCAACCCUGACAUUCUUCACGUGAUGAUUAAGUUCCGCGCCAACACAAUUGCUUUAACUGCCGACGUUGAGAAGGCGUUUUUGCAGAUUGCACUAGCCGAGAGCGACCGAGAUGCGCUAAGGUAUCUCUGGUAUGCUACAACACCAAGGAUGGGCCAACCAUUGCCAGAAAUUGAGGCCCUAAGGAUGACACGGGUACCGUUCGGAGCUACUUCUAGCCCGUUCCUUCUAACAGCGACUUUGCGACACCACUUUCGUGAGAUGUCCGACAUCUUCCCAUCCACGUGCAAAAUUCUUUGUGAAAGUUUCUACGUCGAUGAUUUGGUGACCAGCGUAAACACACUUCAAGAGGCGAGACAGCUUUGCGAGGAAUCCGUGGCGAUCGUUGAACACUGUGGCAUGAAACUUCGAAAGUGGGCAACCAAUGACCAUCAAUUGAGGGAGGCACUUCGACAACAGGGCGACGACUGUCUAUCACAGCAGCUCGAGAGCAAAGUUUUAGGCGUCAUCUGGGACACCAGGACAGACCAACUACGUGUCGCGCUACGUUCCAUCAUGGACUUCUUAAUCACGGCUGAUGACACAAAGCGCAGCUUACUCCAAGCGACUGCAAGGGUGUUCGAUCCUCUCGGAUUUCUUGCGCCCUUCGUUAUCCGAGCAAAGAUAAUGUUCCAACGUGUUUGGCAGAGAGAACUGAACUGGGACGAUGACCUCCCGACUGACGUACUUGAGGACUGGCAGAGGUGGCGAAAAGAACUCCACCAGGCCAAAGAAAUUGCCAUUCCGAGAGCCUUGAAAGGAACAGAAGAAAUUCACCACCAAACACUCCACGUGUUCUGCGACGCUAGCUUGCUAGCAUACGGUGCCGUCGUAUACCUCAGGACAGAAUACAAAAACGGAGCAUGUACGGUUUACCUCAUCCUAGCUAAGGCUCGGGUAGCUCCUUUGAAGCGCAUCUCGCUUCCCCGCCUAGAGCUACUUGGAACCUUACUAGGAGCUCGACUCUGCGACUACGUAGCGGCGUGUUUUCCCGACAGACAUGGAGCCAUACUAUGGUCGGAUUCGAUGAUCGCCCUCAGCUGGAUACGUGGUGACGCUCAGCGUUACAAACCCUUUGUGGCUAAUAGGAUAUCCGAGAUACAGAGUUCAAGAAGCAUAUCUGGCUGGCGACACUGUCCAGGGGAACAGAACCCAGCAGACCUCCUGACCCGCGGCAGUUCGAUUGACUCGUUACACUCGCGCACUCACUGGUGGGAAGGACCACAAUGGUUAAAGGAAUCAGAGGAACAGUGGCCAAGUGCAAACACAGGCGUGGGGAAGGAUAUUAGUGAAGAAGUAAGAGCGACGCACGUUUUGCUUCUACCAUCGCCGCCAGCGGAGCCGAUCCUCCAACUUACCAACUGCUCUUCUUUAGACAACGUCGUCAGAACAACGGCGUGGAUAUACCGAUUCCUGCACAACUCAAGACGAGAUGAACCCGCAACAGGUCCACUUUCUACAUGUGAGAUCCGACGCGCAGAAAACUACUGGAUAAGACAAGUACAAGCGGAAUCGUUUUCGGAGGAGCUUGAAGCUGUCAAAUCAUCACGGCAUCUAAAGGUCACAUCGAAACUAAGAGAUUUGCAUCCUUACUUGGACAAAGAUGGAAUUCUACGCAUAACGGGACGUCUACAACGGGGAGAAGAAAGCGAAGAAGUAAAGCACCCGAUUGUCUUACCCAAAGAUCAUCGUUUCACUCAACUUCUUAUCGUAAGAGCGCAUCGACGUUUGCUCCAUUCGGGUGUCCGCGACACGUUGGUCGAGCUAAGGGAGCUCUACUGGAUUAUCCAAGCACGUCAAGCAGUUAAGAAGGAGCUGUACAAAUGCCACCGCUGUAGACGUCAAAGAGCGCGGCCUGCUUUUCUAGAGACAGCACAACUUCCACCGGAUCGUAUAACAAGAGCCGAACCCUUUGAGGUGACUGGAGUAGAUUUUGCGGGGCCGCUCUUUUACAAAGCUCCAGACGUCAACUCAAAGAAAUGCUACAUAGCCUUGUUCACGUGUGCGGUGACGCGAGCCGUGCACCUGGAAAUUGUAGACGACUUGACAACCCAAAGGUUCCUAAUGGCAUUUCGUCGCUUUGUGUCCAGAAGAGGACUGUGUAAAGUCAUUUAUUCCGACAAUGCGCUAACCUUCAAGCGAGCAUCCAAGGAUCUGAACAGCCUCUGGAAGAGCGUACGCCACCCCGACGUACUCGACUACCUCUCUCAGAGCCGCAUCCAGUGGAAAUUUAUCGUCGAGAGAGCAGCAUGGUGGGGCGGCUUUUGGGAGAGGUUGGUGCGGACGGUAAAAGAUGUUCUGCGGAGAUCGUUAGCGAAGGCUCUACUACGACACGAUGAACUCGUCACAGUUCUGACAGAGGUCGAAGCCAUUAUCAAUUCACGCCCUCUCACCAGUGUCUGCGACUCAGCUGAGGAUCUGUCUGUUCUUACCCCCUCUCACUUCCUCAUUGGACGGAGACUGACGGCGCUGCCAGCAGGCACAGCUACCCCCACAACGUCGGACAGCAACACCCUCAUCAAGAGUUACCGAUAUCGUGAGCAGCUGCUGAAUUCCUUCUGGAACAGAUGGCGAAAGGACUACCUGUUGCAACUUCGGUCCAAUCACAUUGUUAAAAGCGGAGUCGGAGCGACAUUGAAGCCUGAGGACCUUGUCCUCCUUGUGCAGGAGCGCUUGCCGCGACACUUGUGGCAGCUGAAGAAAUCAUACAACUUCGCUGUGGAGUCAUACGUGGACACCAGCACUGUGAUGACAAAUGCGACGGAUAUGAGCCAUGCCAUGGCCCUACUCCGUGUAGUGUCCUUACUACGAAUCAAGGGUUUUGACGAGGCUCCCCCUGAAAUUUCCUGUACAGACCUUCCACAGUGUUGGCGUCGUCCAAGGAAAGCUGCAAUGAGACCACUGAGUGUGCAAGAGGUGGACUGGAGGAAGCCUCGAGAAGGAGGGAAGCCAACACCAACAUCUGUUCGGCUAUUUGACCCACGAGCUGAGGACGAGAGUGGGGAGGCUGUCAAGAAUGCAUUGAAAGGCUUUGCCGAACGUCUGGCGAGUAAAGGGCAUCAUUUUGGUUUCAUACUUCAAGAAGGAGCAAAGGUACCGUUGACAGAAAUAACGUUUGGUCCAGCUCCGCUGGGUUCGCCAGUGGUGUACCAGCAGUCCGACAAGCCAGCACGUCGAGAAGUGUGGCGUUCACAGAACAUUAGAGCAGCAACAGCUGGAAGUGCCGUGCCAACAGAGGUCACAUUGUUUGCGGACACUGUUACCCCAUACAGAGUCCCAGCACUUCUAGACAAGUACCAGGCAGAUAUAUUGAAGGACAUCAUUCUCACAAAGGAAGAGGCUACAUGUCUCGAAAGAAACACACGUCAGCAGGCUAACAGUCACGCCUGGCAUUCUGCAAGACGGUGGCGCCUUACUGCAUCAAAAUUUGGCCACGUUUUACACCGUAGCGAGUGGACAGAGAAGGGCCUGACUAACUUAACUGCGCAACGUGAUCUCUGCAAGGUGCGGGCUGUGGCGUAUGGAAGGAAAAAUGAGGACAUUGCAGCACAGUCUGAUGCGGAUCUCAUGAGACGGGUUGGGCAUGAUAUAGUGCUGUCUCCAGCAGGCAUCAUUGUUGACCCAGGCUGUCCUUGGCUUGGAGCCUCACCGGACAGAUUUGUGUACGACCCAACUGAGCACACACCACAUGGUGUGCUUGAAAUCAAGUGCCCCUAUUCACUUCGAGACAGUGAGCCCUCUUUGGCCAAGGACAAGAUACCAUACUUGUGCUUCGAUGAGCAUGGGCACCCAAAGCUAAAAAGGGAUCACGAGUACUAUUUCCAAAUACUGGGACAAAUGGGUUUGACUGGUUGUGAGUGGGGAGACUUUGUUGUUUGUUCGGAAAGGUGGGUAGCGGUCGAGACAAUCUACUUUGAUUUGGGACGCUGGAAAGUUGUUAAGGAAUCCCUAGGGACCUUCUACUUCAAUGUUAUGCUUCCUCACUUGGCAUCACAAGCACAAAGAAAAGAACAGGCCACACAGUCUGUUUAA